AUGUCCGCUUCGUUGCAAGCGUCAGCACGAGCAGCGUACCGCGACUUAUGGCGCGCGUCGCGCUUUACAUUCUCAGGUGACCCGCCUAUACUUACUGCCUUCCGCGAGAAGAUGCGCACGGAUGCUGCAGCGUGGAAAGCAGCGCCCGAUGCGGACUCCGCGAACGCGAACUUCCAGGCUGCGCGCGACGUGGCGGCUUUCCUACGCCGCAACGUUGUACAAAUGCGCAAGACCGCACAAGUCGACGCAGAGGGAAAUGAGGUUUACCACGUCGGUAUGAACAAGUACAGCGAACUCGGUGAUAAUGACGCCAACCGGUACGCGAAGAAGGAGGUCCCGGAUAUGGCCGAGGUGCGGAGACAACGUCGGGCGGCUAAGUCGGCAUGUCAGGCUGCUGCAGAGGCUGCCAAGGCUCAAGCAUGA